AUGGUGAAACGUGUUGUCGUUCUUGGUUGUGGCGCCUGGGGUACUGCCACCGUUAAACUUGUUGCUGACAACGUUAAGUCUUCAAAAGAAUUUCAUGAAGAAGUUUAUUGGUACGUAAGAGAUGAAGAUUGCAACGGUCGUAGCCUAACCACUUGGAUUAAUCAAGAACAUAUAAAUCCCAAGUACUUGCCAACACUUGAUAUUCCUUCGAAUGUUUCCGCCUCCUCUAAUAUUCAGAAAGUGGUCGAAGAAGCCGACAUUAUAUUAGUGUCUUAUCCAUCAUGCUACAUUCUAUGGUUGGUAGAAAAUGUGAAGAAAUUUAUCAAAGACGGUGCAUAUUUUGUCUCCUUUUGUAAGAAAGUGGUCGAAGAAGCCGACAUUAUAUUAGUGUCUUAUCCAUCAUGCUACAUUCUAUGGUUGGUAGAAAAUGUGAAGAAAUUUAUCAAAGACGGUGCAUAUUUUGUCUCCUUUUGUAAGGGUCUCAUUCUGUGUCCCGAGGAAAACAGAAUUAAACUGGUAAGCGAUGUUAUUCGAGAGCAAACUGGUAAAAGCUGCGUGGUCGUUAUCGGGGCUACAACAGCUGUCGAAGUGGCCAAACAACAUUUCACCGAGGCAACUAUCGGCUCCAAGAAUCUCACAUAUGCACAUGAAGUAAAAAGGCUUCUACAGUCCGAUUACCUCAAGCUUGUUAUAACUCAAGAUGAUGUUGGCGUGGAAUUGUGUGGAGCGUUGAAGAACGUCGUGGCGAUAGCUGCGGGAAUAUGUCACGGUUUAGAUUUAGGAGACAAUACUAAGGCUGCCGUAUUGCGUAUUGGAUUUUGGGAAGUAUCUGAACUAAUGAAAGAGUUGUUCCCUGACAGAGGUAUGUCAUAUAGAUCAGACGAAAUCCCGGAUAUUGGAGCAGAUUUAGAUAUUUUGAACAUCACCUAUGGAAGAAGGCUUUCUUUAAGUGAUACAGUUAAGUCUUCCUUGCAUCCAGUUUCCUCUAAAGAUCUGCACAGAAUAUUUGUAGACGGAGUGGAAUAUGCAAAACAGAGGUGUGGAGUUUGAUUGUUGGCGCGACUUACAAUUAUUGGUUCAGUGUUUUCUGGGGGAAAGCUUUUUAGAAAGUUAUGUCGUAGAUGCAUAACAAAUAAAACAUUUUUAAUGACAUACCUAAAUGAUAUGGUGGAUAUUUGCAACUGAGUAGAGCAGUAUUGCUAAUCGCGAUAGAUGGAUAGAUAGAUGGUUUGACAGACAGCUAAUCGAUAUUAUGUGACCCUUUUGUCGCGAUUAUUGGCUAAUUUAAUGUAACUCCCACCACGUGAUGUGACCUUGAGUGUUCUUUAUUUCCUGUCACUCUAUUGUUUGUAAAUGUAAUUAAUUAACUGUUCAUUUUGUCCGUUCUUCAAUACUGUUCGGACUGGACUAGUCAAUUUAUGUGAUAAUAUACGAGUGUCGCGUAUUGAACAAUCUUGAUGUGUUGCCUAUAACUUUCAGUGGAAUCAAAUGACCUGCGUUUUGUCUAAUUUAGAUAUUAUCAGCUGGAUAUGUGUGAGUUACAUUCCAAUUUUAAAGGUUUCAUUGAAGCACAAACGGCUUCAAUUGUUAACUGAUAAGAUUAGUCUGUGUUUGUCAAUAUGACGGAACACCAACACUCACUGACAUGCUGUGGUACAUUCAAAUGACAAUUUUUCAGAAAGUUCCAACACCAACCAAUUGCGAGGACAUCACCUCAAGGUUCAAAAACCACGGUCGAAUCGUCUGCGUCUGGAAAUCCGUUUUUCGCAUCGAAUUGUGAACCAUUGGAACUCCCUACCGGAACAUGUCGUAUAAGCGCCAUCCGUUGAUUCAUUCAAGGCGAGAUUGGACCUCCUUUAUGAAAUAAAUCGAAAGGAUUAACACAGGCAUAUAGCCUACUAUCCUAAAUAAAUUGUAAACUGUAAACUGUAAAUCUCGUUCGUUUUAAUUAAUUAAGAGAUACUAGUAAUAAAUUUUGUAGAAAAGAAAUAAACUGGCUAAAUCUAUGCCUAAACCACCUUAUAAUCG